AGAUAGAUAGAUGUGUAAGGGGAGGUGGUGACUGAGCACCAGAUCUGGGAGUUGGGGACUAGCAGUGUGACCCUGAGGAUGUAAGGCAACUUCAGCUAAAAUCUUAAACCACAAACCAAGAAUUGCUGGCGCUGCAGCUACUUUUCUAAAUGUCCCUGUAUAAUGCUGCGCAUAAUGCUGCGGAUAAUACCAGCGGCUAUACACAAGAGGGACAUCAGCAGCAUCAAACGGAUACAUUAAUGACAACUGGGUGGAGAUCAACAAUCAUCUGCUGACUGCAAAGUGCUGGAUAGCAAAUUAAGAUUUGCCUCCGUGAUGCAUAUUUUCCCCUCCAGCUGGCAGCUCUGCAAAUAUUUUUACAUAACAUCAAGUCCCCAUUGAAUUAAAUAGGAGCAGUGCAUGUGUUUGUUAGGUGCCUCUAGUAGUGUAAGCAGUCUUGUGCUGGGAUUGUCCCGCAGAACUUACAGUCAGUGCUUGGUGGCACAGAGAGACUGACAUGUGACUGACACACAGCCUGGCCGAGCUAUGGAGAUAGUGGCAGCUGGAAUGAUGUGUAUAGGGGAGGAAGAAGCGGAGUGUCCCGUCUGACAGCUGUGCAUGCUAUGGCCCUCUGCUGUACCAUCAUUACCUAACAUGGCGAGCUCAGCAUGCUUUGGGCGACCAUGGCAUUCCCGGUUGCCCUGCCUGAGCCACUGUCCAGAAGCCUGUGUAAGAGAUGUGCGAUGAUGCUCUGCUCCCUGCUCAUGUCUCUGUAUGUGUUCUACUGCCUGGCUGACCGCUGCCAGAGCCUGCCGGGGCCCAUUGCCGGGGCCACUGAGGAGGAGGACGAGGCUGGCUACCUGAGCGCACACCUGGCCCUCUGGCGCUCCCUGAAGAGGCAGAAGCUAUUGCAGAGGAUGAGAGACCAUAAGAUAGGCGUGCGGCAGGGGGCGCCGUGGAGUCGCCUGUUCCUCGGCACUGGGGGGGUGCCAUACCCUGUACGAGAGCUGUCAGAGAGGGGCAGCAGUACUCUCACCCCGCUGGGAGAAGGAAGCAAGAAGCUGCCCCAGGCCAUCCUUAUCGGGGUGAAGAAAGGGGGCACCCGGGCUCUGCUGGAAUUCCUGCGGGUGCACCCGGACAUCAGGGCGGUGGGGGCUGAGCCCCACUUCUUCGAUAGGAACUAUGAGAGGGGCCUGGCCUGGUACAGGGAAUUGAUGCCGAGGACGCUAGAUGGCCAGAUCACCAUGGAAAAGACUCCCAGCUAUUUUGUGACCAAGGAAGCACCAGCCCGUAUCUCAGCCAUGUCAAAAGACACCAAGCUGAUUGUGGUGGUGAGGGACCCAGUAACUCGAAUAAUUUCAGAUUACACCCAGACAUUGUCCAAGCGGCCUGACAUCCCUACAUUUGAGAGUCUGACAUUUAAAAACAGGACUACUGGUCUUAUUGACAUUUCAUGGAGUGCCAUCCAGAUUGGCAUCUAUGCCAAGCACUUGGAGAACUGGCUCCAGUAUUUUCCCAUGAACAAGAUCCUUUUUGUGAGUGGAGAAAGACUGAUCACAAAUCCCGCUGGAGAACUGGAAAUCGUUCAAGACUUCCUGUGCCUUAAAAGGAUCAUUACUGACAAACACUUUUAUUUCAACAAGACUAAGGGGUUUCCAUGCUUGAAAAAGGCAGAGGGGAGCAGCAAGCCCCAUUGUUUGGGGAAAACCAAGGGCAGGACUCACCCCAACAUAGACCCGGAAGUUGUCCUGAGACUGCGGGAGUUCUACAGGCCAUUUAAUAUGAAGUUCUACCAAAUGACCGGGCAUGACUUUGGCUGGGACAGCUAAAAAGAUAUCUAAUAUAUUUAUAUUUUUUACACACAAUUGUAAAACUAAUCUAUAGGUUACAUCUUCCCAAAAUUCCUGGACACUGAGGCACUUUCUAAAAACGGUUCAUGAUUGCUUUGUUUAGUAUGCUUAUUUGUGGUUGUUUAUAAUUAAGGGGCCUUUGGUUUUAUUAGUAGAAAAUUUACUAUACUGUACUUGGUGAACUAAAUAUAUGUAUAUUGUUUUCAAAUUAAAAAAAUGAACUUUCUCUUCUAAGCGAGAAUUCCACAGAGAAGCCGAUUUUGAAUCCUAUCUGAUGCUGGAGGAGGGGACCUCUUCCCAGGGAAGAGGCUUGCGUAGAUAGAAACUCUAUUUUCAGUUGAAAACAUUUUUUUUUUGUACCUAUUUAAAUAGAAAAUACAUUAAUAUGAUAAGCAUAUUAUUCUGGAUGAUAUCCCAGAUGCUUUAUUUAAUUUCUGCUUUGCUGUCUCAGUCCAAACAAUCUUUAGAGUAAACCACUGGCAACCCAAAUGAUAGAAAUGAUCACGCAAAGAAGAAAGUGCCUUGAUAAUCCUUUGUUCGAGAAUAGAAUGAAUCUAGCUUUGGUACUCCUAAUUUUACGCAAUACUUUUAGAUGUAUUGCUCUUCCUGCUGCUUUUGUAGCUCCACAUUGACUAGUAUUUUGGAUGUGCUAUUUAUUGGAUCCCGAGCACGGAAAAAUCCUACAAACAUGUGAUCUGUAGCUAGUGUGCCUGGCAAAUCCAUACUUUAUUUUUUAUGUGUUACCCCCAUUAAGCUCCCUCUUUCUCUCUGUACCUCACUCCUGUUGUUUCUCUUAACCCCUUCAUCCCAUUUUGCUACUUACCACUGUGUCUCUCCCCCUUUUUACCUGUCUCUCUCUCUCCACCCAAUCUCUCUCCCUCUAUUCUAUCUUCCCCUAUUUCCCCCUUCUUUUCCCUGUCUCUUUCUCUGUCUUUACCUCUGUCUCCGUUCUCACCCUCUUUCAUCUCUCUCUUACUCUUCUCUCUUUCCCACUCUUUUUCUCUCUUUCCCUCAUUUCUCUCUGUCCCCAAGUUUUUAUUCUCCCUCCCUAACCCUCUUUAGACUCCUAGUUGCUACACCAGCUACCCCUUCUUAUAUGUCAGAAGCCCAGCUGUAGGGGUCCAGAAGAAAGGCAGACACAGCUGCUAACCCCUGUCUGUCUGCCCCUCUUUAGAAUUUAAGCCCUCGCGAGUAGGGCCCUCUUCCCUCAUGUGCUUAUCCUUUUCUCACUUUAAAAAUCCUCGACUGCCCCAAAUCCCUUGGUUUUCAGCCACACUGAUACUUAUUUCAGGGUCAUCUGCUGAUGUAGCUACUGUAUGUUUAGUUACCCUGUACUUGUCCUAUAUUGUCUUCAACAGUAAGUCACUGUUUUCCUGUUUUGAUUAUUUAGGUACUCUGUAAUUGGGCGCUGCUGAACCCUUGUGGCGCCAUAUAAAUAAAAGAUAAUAAUAACUGCAGAGGGUGGUUAUCAAUUCAACUUGAGAGAUGUGCAGAAGCCCAGGUUUAAGUGAGGCUGCAAUCAGUGGGACAUGGUUUUUCAAUAGCAAAUAUACAAAGAAAAGGUAAUGAGCAGGAAUACAGACAUCCCCAUGAGUUCAAGCAAGCUGUUGGAUCUACAAGGUCAAGGAACAGAAGAGUACUGCGCUCUAAUAGCUGCUGUAGUUUUAGUUUUUUCUAGUUUGGCCUUGACAUGAGCUCCUGACAGGUGUAGCCCAGCAGUGCUGUUGAUGGCACCAGCAAAUGUAGUAGAGUCAGGGCAAAAGUGAAAGGUGUAGAUUGGUGCUGACAGCAGGGCCGUUCAGUAACUAAUUGUGCAGUAUCCCUAAUACAGCCAAUAAAGCAGCCGAGGAUUGUGGCAGUACAACCAAAGCUCCGGAAGUUGGUGGGUAGGAGAGCGCUCUCUCCAACCUGUACCUCCGGUUUGGGUAAGAGGUAGCUAAACUGAUAGGGGAGGAUGGCUUCUUGGGUUUGGGCAGUCACUGGUAGUCUGACCUGUCAGAGCAGUACCACCAUGUUGGGCUAAACCACCAGCAUCAUACUAUAUAUGUGCCUGAAGCCAAUGGGAGCUGUGAGUGGUGGUGUGUGUGGCAGCCAGUCAUGCAUCUUCCUCCAGCUCUCACUACAUAUUUCAAGAAUGGACAUAAUAGCAUAUUAUAUUUUAGACUCCUGCCCCUGCAUUGCACUCUCUCCCUAGUGAUAGAAUCUGCUGUAGGUAUCACUUGCACUUUACAAAGUUGGUAGGAAUUCUCAGUAAUUUACAGACCUAAUUUUGCUUGAGUUGUUUACACCGAGUUUUUUAAUUGAACCUUUCAAAUCUGUAAUUUAAUUACAUUUCUUUAGGAAUAAACACAUCUUUUGCAACUAAUUGACCCCCAAAUAAUUGUUUCACUCAUCUUUAACUUUGUUUACUAGAAUUAUUUUACAUACAAU